AUGGCUGCCCUCGCCAACGCCGCCGUGCUCCCCUCCACCUUCGUCGGCCAGAGCGCUGAGCUCGCCGCCAAGGUCAACAAUGUCGAGGCUCGCGUCACCAUGAGGAAGACCGCUAAGGCCUCCUCCAGCAGCGCCUUUUACGGCCCCGACCGCAACCUGUUCCUGGGCCCCUUCAGCUCCCCCCCGUCGUACCUCACCGGCGAGUACCCCGGUGACUACGGCUGGGACACCGCUGGUCUGUCCGCUGACCCCGAGACCUUCGCCAAGAACCGGGAGCUUGAGGUCAUCCACGCUCGGUGGGCUCUCCUCGGUGCCCUGGGCUGCCUCACCCCCGAGCUGCUCGCUGGCAACGGCGUGAACUUCGGCGAGGCCGUGUGGUUCAAGGCCGGCGCUCAGAUCUUCUCGGAGGGUGGCCUUGACUACCUGGGCAACCCCAGCCUCAUCCACGCGCAGUCCAUCCUGGCCAUCUGGGCCACCCAGGUCAUCCUGAUGGGUGCCGUUGAGAGCUACCGCGUGGGUGGCCUCGAGGGCUUCCAAGAGGUUGAGGACCCCCUGUACCCCGGCGGUGCCUUCGACCCCCUUGGUCUGGCCGACGUGAGAAACUGA